CACAAUUUAAUGUUAAUGGUGCCCUUCGCAUAAAAUACAAAUCAAUUCGUCGACACACGUUUUGGGUAAAGACAUUCGGAGAAUAGCCCGUAAACUUGUACUAUAAAAAGCACCAUUGACACAAAAAUCCCGAAUUUAGCAGUAUCACUUCAAUGGGAUCGUACACAAAGUUUCGUAGCUGUUGUACACGUAACAAAGUCUCGUUUGUUUAUGAAUCCUCUUUGCAGUCGACGUCAGUGUAACGAAAGCCCCCGAAAUAAGAAAUUUUGUGUAGAUUUGUGUCUACGUUUACGUCGAAAGGUUCUGCUUAAGAUGAAUAAGUUAAAGUACUCACAAAGAGACAAAGUAAGAAAAUUCAUCACAUUUACACAAACCGGAGAACAAACAGCAAUAUAUUGUUUAGCACAGAAUGAUUGGAAGUUGGAUCUAGCCAGUGAUAACUAUUUUCAAAAUCCUGAAGCUUAUUAUAAGGAACCAAGAAUUUGUGUGGAUAAAAAAAAGUUAGAAAUAUUAUUUAGUCGAUAUCAAGAUCCAAAUGAACCAGACAAGAUUACAGCAGAUGGAAUAAUGAAAUUUCUGGACGAUCUGGGUUUAAGCCCUGAGAGCAAAUUAGUAUUAAUCAUUGCUUGGAAAUUUAGAGCAGAAACUCAAUGUGAAUUUACUAAAGAUGAAUUUAUGAAUGGCAUGAUGGAUUUAGGUGUGGACAGUAUAGACAAAUUAAAAGCUCGUUUAAGUAGUUUAGAAAAUGAAUUAAGAGAUCCUCAGAAAUUUAAAGAUUUUUACCAUUUCACGUUCAAUUAUGCAAAGAAUCCAGGACAGAAGGGUUUAGAUCUUGAUAUGGCAAUUGCUUACUGGAAUAUUGUAUUAGAUGAUAAAUUCAAGUUCCUGCCACUAUGGUGUCAAUUUUUACAGGAACACCAUAAGAGAUCAAUUCCAAAAGAUACAUGGAAUUUGUUAUUAGAUUUUGCACUUAUGAUCAAUCCUGAUAUGAGUAAUUAUGACGAAGAGGGAGCUUGGCCUGUAUUGAUAGAUGAUUUUGUAGAGUGGGCACAACCUCGAGUUCGUCAGUCUGUCUAACAUCUCCUUAAUACAUCUAUAACUUCCUGUGAAAAAAGCUUUAUUUAUUCAAUUAUAAAAUCGUAUAAUCAAGUGAUACUUGAUCAUAUUUUUCUGAUAAAGGAUCAUCAUUUUACUUUGUGUACAGAGUAUGUCAGUGAGGCGAAAAGUACUAUAAUUAUUAGAGUCAAUCGUAAUGUAUUAUA